AUGACUGACAAUAAUGGCCCAACACCGUCACAAGCUACAGCGAGCUUACUACAUCGUCUGGCCGGACCAUCUUCUGGUAAAGCAGGGCUAGCGAAAGAUCAGUCUGAGAUCAACCGCAUCAUAGCCGAAGCCUCCAAGGGCUCUCCGUUCUAUGAGAACGAGAAACGGAAGGAUAAGGAGGUAACGGAGCGGAUAUCUAAGAUACUGCAGCAGCGAGACGAAGUGCUACGCACUGCCGAUCUUGAGAAGGUGAAGAGGAAGGCAAACGCAAUCCUCGAAGAGCUGGAAGCCGAACGCGACCUCGGCCAGUACAUCGUCCACUUCGAUAUGGACGCCUUCUACGCGAGCGUCGAGCUACUCGACCACCCUGAACUUCAAGGCAAACCCUUCGGAGUAGGUAGCCUUCGCGGCGUGCUCACGACAGCCUCCUACGACGCCCGCAAAUACGGCGUCCGAUCAGGCAUGGCCGGCUUCGUCGCCAAGAAGCUCUGUCCCGAGCUCAUCCUUCAACCGAACCAUUUCGACCGCUAUAGCCACUUCUCGCAACAAGUCAUGUCUAUCUUUCGUGAAUACGAUCCGAUGAUGUUGGCUGCGAGCGUCGACGAGGCGUACUUGAAUAUCACAGCGUACUGCAAGGAGAAUCAGCUAGAGCCGGACGAAUGCGUUGAGAGGAUACGCAAGAGGGUGGUCGAUACGACCAAGCUCACCGUCAGUGCUGGGAUAGCUGCGAACAAGAUGCUUGCGAAGAUUUGCUCUGACAAGAACAAACCCAACGGCCAAUUCCACCUCCCGCACGACCGCGAAGCAAUCGUCCACUUCAUGCACGACCUUUCCAUUCGCAAAGUACCCGGCAUAGGCCGCGUGAACGAGCGCAUACUCGAGUCUAUUGGCGUUAAAACGUGCGGAGACAUCUACCGCGAGCGUGCAGUGCUCUACCUCAUGGACAAGCAAUUCGGCGUACACUUCCUUUUGCGGACGCAUCUCGGUAUCGCAUCGAACGUCGUACAGCCAUAUGCGAGAGAGGAGAGGAAGAGUAUCGGCUCUGAGCGAACGUUCAACACGAUCAGCGAUAAAGACACGAUACUGAAGAAGCUCGAGGAGAUCGCUACGGAGUUGGAAAACGACAUGACAGAGUCCGGAUGGUCCGGUCGGACAAUCACGCUCAAGUACAAGCUCGACACAUUCCAGACGUUCACCCGCGCCAAGUCCUCCGAUCGCUACAUAUCCAGCAAAGCCGACCUGUUCGCCAUUGGCAAGGAACUUCUGCUGCCCGAAUGGCCGUUACGGCUAAGACUGAUCGGCUUGAGGGUUACGAAGUUGAAGGAUCUGAAGAAGAAGGAUGAUGGGAAGGGUAUUACGAAGUUCUUCACUCCCACUAAUGACAAGAUCUCGCCAUCGAAGAAACGAAAGCACUCUGAUACUGCCGAUGGGGAUCAUGAAGACGAAGAUACAAUGCCCGGCUUCCACGAGGACGAAGGCGAAGCAUGGAACGCGGAUGCAGAUGCCGACGACGCCCUCCCUCUCCCUCAACAAUCCCGACCGCCACAUUCCGCUCCCGCCUCUUCGCAACCAUCAACCUCCCAACCUCACGCAUCAUCCAGCAAACCGCGCAGCAUCGCCGCUACAUCUAACGAACAGCAACAAGAGCAAGCACAAGAGACGUUCGAAUGCCCAAUCUGCACGUCGCAGUUCAAAGACAACGACGCGUUGAACGCGCACAUAGACUGGUGCUUGAGCCGCGAGGCCAUUCGCAGCGCACAGGCCGACGACUCUUCGCCUGCUCCGAAGAGUAUUGCGGGCCCAUCAUCGAAGAGUAGUACGAGCUUGAAGUCAAAGCCUAUGCCGAGUAAGCCGGCACAGGCGGAGUGGUGGAAAGCACCCCCGGCCGCAAGCGCGCCGAGUAAGAAACGGAAGACGAAGAGAUGA